AUGUCGCAAGUCAUCAGAAAGCCGCUGGUCGUGGAGCCAACCACCAACCACAAAUUCACCGUCAUCUUUCUGCACAAGUUUGCCGACGACAUCUCGGAUGAAGACUUCAACGCCAAGGUCCUCGCCCAGAAGCUGACCAAGAACCACAAGACCUUGCGCGAGCAGUUACCGACGGUGCGCUGGGUCUUCCCACACACCAAGCAGCAUGAAGCAAGUCUCGCAACGUCGUCGCCAUGGACCGGCCUAUCACCUGACGACAUGGCUCAACUGGGCCUGGAUGCGACGAGCAAGAUCCCGUACAUCACCCAGAUCAUUUUGCAGGAGGCGCAGAGAGUGGGCGGUCUGAAGAAAGUCAUCCUAGGCGGCCAGGGCGAGACUGCCAUCGCAGCGCAUGACGCCAUGGGCUGCUUUCCAGAGCCCGAAGCCACUACCACCAACCUCUCUGAUGGGCCACUUGCGAAGCAGCAACAGUUCACCGAGCAGAUACUACACACGCCAUGCCCAGUAGGUGGAAUUUCUGACCUGCGCAUGGCUGGCUUUCUCGGCAUGCAUGGAACAGACGGAAAAGUGACGCGCGAUGCCUCGAACUACCACCUUGCCUGCCGCGGUAUGUUCUCGCAACGGAAGGUGGUCAACACCGCCAUCAUCAAGAACACGCCACACGAGUUCAUCCGGGGUGGAUACAAGACACAGACCGUGACUUGGGAUGGCGUUCGCAUCGACCAAUUUGCCGAGUUCCUGGUCGAGGUUGGCGUCGCUCGCAAGAUGAUUUUCUCGGGAGCAGGGUCCAUGCGAAAGGCCAAUGCUGAGGUCUUGAUGCCCAAAGAGCGAUCCGAUGCGAUGAAGCCUAGCAACACCGACGACAAGGAGAACGUGAUGAGCGAGCAGCAGAAGCAUGUCGAGAAGGUCAAACGGCAGAAGCAGCGGGAUGAGGAGGCCAGGAAGAUCGCCCUGGCCCGGAUCGAGCAGGACCGGAAAGACCGCCAGCACAAGAAAGAGAUGAGUAGGAUGAACCGCGGCCUCCCGCCCCAGCCUCCCUUGCCUAUCAGUGAAGAACAACGGGAACUGCCUAGCCCCGGUGAGCAGCUCGUUGACAGAACCCCGAGGCGUCUGACCGACAUCCAGAAGGACUAUGCAGAGGGGGUCAAACGACAGAAGGUGGAGGACGAGAAGGUCAAGCAACGUAUCCUCGACCAGAUCGAGUACGACAAGCUGGAGCGCCAACGUCGCAACGAGCGGGAGCGAAUCGCUCGACAGAAUGCGCUGCAGGAAGGACAGCUUGACGGUGUCAACUCGCAAGUGGACUCACCCAGCGCAGUCGCUCCCGCUGCACCUGACCCUGAUAGUCACGGGGGUUACGACGAGGACGAGGAUGAAGACGAGGAUGAAGAAGAUGAGUACAUGGAUGACGGCGCGGGCGACGGCGAAUAUGACUCCCGCGCAGAAGUGGAGAAGCGCAAGCUCCGCCGCGAGAUGCGCGAAAAGCCGUGGCUCAGAUGGGCCAGCCAGACCCUCGGAGGUAGCGAGGAGGCGAAGCCCCAGAUCCGCGGACAGAUGACCGAGGCCCAGAUGAAGGCGUUGGGACUGUCGGAGUAG